AUGCUCUACUACCCAACCUCCCACAACCACUACACCUUCACUUACGCUCUCAAGGCAUGUUGCUUCCUCCAUGAUAACAACAAGGGCCGGGAAGUCCAUGCCCGCGUCGUAAAAACCGGGCACUUUUCCGAUACCUUCAUCCAAAACUCGUUGCUUCACUUCUACGUAACCCAAGCUGACAUUGUAUCUGCUACCCGGGUUUUCGAUUCCAUACCAAACCUUGAUGUUGUUUCGUGGACUUCGAUGAUUUCGGGUCUUAACAAGUGUAGAUUUGUGGAGGAAGCAAUUGUUAAGUUUAUGUGCAUGGAUGUGCCGCCUAAUUCUACUACUCUUGUCAUUGUCAUGUCCGCUUGUUCGAGUUUAGGAGCUUUAAAGUUUGGUAAAUCUGUUCAUGGAUAUUGUAUGAGGAAGUUAUCUGAAAGGAAUGUUAUUUUGGACAAUGCAGUGUUGGAUUUUUACAUGAGAUGUGGGUCUUUGGUGGGUGGUUAUGCACAAAGAGGAUUUUGUGACGAGGCAGUGAAGCUUUUUCAGGAGAUGGUUCAGGGAGAGGAAGUUGAGCCUAAUAAGGAUACCAUUGUAAAUGUAUUGUCAGCGUGUUCUUCGAUUGGGGCAUUGAGUUUAGGCCAGUGGGUGAAUUCGUAUAUAAGUGCACGGCCAGAUCUCGUGUUGAAUGGCAUUCUGGGAAAUGCAUUAAUAAACAUGUAUGUAAAGUAUGGGGAAGUAGGUAUGGCAGUUUCGGUUUUUAAAACCCUGGUUUGCAAGGAUCACAUUUCGUGGAGUACCCUCAUAAGCGGCAUGGCCAUGAAUGGUUAUGGUAUACACACGUUGCAGCUUUUUUCGCUCAUGCUAGUCCACGGGAUUCCUCUUGAUGAUGUAACCUUCCUUGGCUUGUUAUCAGCAUGUAGUCACGCAUGUCUAGUUGAUCAAGGGUUAAUGAUUUUCAAUGCUAUUAAAAAUGUUUAUCGGAUUGCCCCUCAAACACUGCACUACGCCUGCCUAGUUGAUAUGUAUGGUCGAGCAGGGUUCUUAGAGGAAGCAGAGAAUUUCAUGAAGGAAAUGCCAACAGAAGUAGACGGCGUUGUUUGGGGAGCGUUGCUUAAUGCAUGCAAAAUUCAUGGGAAUGAGAAGAUACUUAAGAGGAUCAGAAAUGGUCUCCUCAAGAGUAGAGGAGUAGGCAUCGGAACUUAUGCUCUCGUAUCGAAUACAUACACCACUCACGAACGGUGGGAUGAGGCUAAUAAGGUUCGUGAUGAAAUGAGACAAAUGGGGUUGAAGAAAUUAGCUGCAUACAGUCAGAUAUAUGUGGAUCCAAACACAUUGACGUUCUUUUAG